GGAUACGUACGAUUAUAGAAAUACAUGGUAUACGACGUAUGAGAUCAUCAUACACGACCCCGAUCGUCGCUUACAUUACAGCCUUGUCACUUGUCACUUGAAGCUGGAAGACGAGGGAGAUAUGACGUUUCCCUCUCAUCUGACAGAUGUCCCUUUUGAGCUCGGACUCGACGAUCACCAUCGGACCGACGUUCAUCCACCUAACCUACCUCUCUACACUCACUCACCUGCUCUUAUAUCGCUUUACAUUUCAUUCUCCUCGACCAUUCAAUAUUUAUCAGCUACAGCGACACAUAUACCAUACAGCAAGAUCGAAACACACUCCUUCGAAAUGUCGGAAAUGAAGGCCAUCAUCUCUCCCUCUGUCCUCGCGUCGGACCUCUCCUUACUCACGAACGAGACCAAGAUGAUCAUGUCCGAAGGGGCGGAUUGGUGUCAUAUGGACGUCAUGGACGGCCACUUCGUCCCGAACAUCACCUUCGGCCCCCCUCUACUCGAAUGGGUGAAAAAGGGCAACCCGGAGAUCUUUAUGGAUUGUCAUAUGAUGGUCGCUGAGCCUAUGCGGUGGGUCCCGGAUGUCGCCAAAGCAGGUGGAAAGCUGUAUACUUUUCACCUCGAAGCCGCUCCCGAGCCGAUCCCCGUGAUCAAAUCCAUCCAAUCCCACGGCAUGCUCGCAGGCCUAGCCAUCUCCCCUCAAACCCCUUCCACGGCGAUCACCGACGAGAUGUUCCACGCGGCGGAUAUGAUCCUGAUCAUGACCGUCCACCCCGGAGCGGGCGGGCAAAAGUUCAUGCCGGAAUGUAUAGAAAAGGCGAGGGAGCUCAGGAAGAGGUUUAACGGGGUGGAGAAGCAUAUCCAGGUGGAUGGGGGGGUCGGGCCGGGGAACGUGUGUGACUGUGCCAAGGCCGGCUGCAACGUCAUCGUCGCAGGGACGUCCGUCUUCAAAGCCCCCUCUCCCAAGGAGGCCAUCUCGUCCCUGCGUCAAGCCGUGGACGAGGCGUGGGUGGAAAAGCUCAAGACCGGUCAGUGGGAUCAGUGAUCGUUUGACGGCGAGAAGGUCAGGUCGGAAGGGGACAUCCGGAUGGGUGGGGAAAGGCGCAAAUGCGUGGGUUGAAUGGACCAGCGGUCGCCGAAGGGUGUGUGUUUGAGCGAGAGGCAGGUUGUACAGACGAAAUGAUAACGAUCCGGGGGGGUAUGAAAUAGAUGGAAUACAAGUGAUCAUGUUGCA